GGACGUCAAUCCUUAUGAGAGCCCUAAAGAGUUGUAUGUGAUGCUCAAGGAGCUCUUUGGGAAAUGGAUCCAGCCAAAAGGUAAAAGCAUCCAAGAAGUAAGUGAAAUAACCAUCCUACAACAAUAUUUGAGAAUGUUGUCCCCUGAGCUUCAGGUAUCAAUCAAAGAGCAUGACACAGAUUCGGCAACGGGGGCUACCAAGCUGGCCGAUGUCUUUGUGGCUGCACGGAAAAAUGGUCAACCAUGGAGCUACAAUGCAUGGAGGAUGACAAAGGACAGCCACAAACCAGCCCAACAGUUCCAACACGGGGAAGCAUCCAGUGCGGGUGUACCAGUUACUGGGUAUCAGGAGCCUCAGGACUACACCAUAUGUUCCUCAAACGGAUGAUGCUAACAGAGCGCUUUAACCAGACCCUGAAACAGAUGCUCCGGAGGUUGCUAAACAACAGUGGUACAGACUGGGAUCAAUGGCUGCCAUACCUCCUUUUUUGCAUAGAGAGAAGUACCCCAAUCCUCCACUGGUUUCUGUCCUUUUGAACUUUUGUAUAGACAUGAAGUUCGGGGGU